GCGGAACUGCGCAGCGCCAAGAUGGCGGCGGCCGCGGUCGGAGUCUCCUUGAGGCGAGGAAUCCCCGCGCGGCUCCUGCGGUCCGGACCGCGGACGGUGCUCCGGGAGGCGCAGACGGCGGCGGCAGCGCCACGGCUGAAGAAAUUCGCCAUCUACAGAUGGGACCCCGACAAGCCCGGGGACAAACCCCGCAUGCAGACCUAUGAGGUGGACCUGAACAAGUGUGGGCCCAUGGUGCUCGAUGCCCUGAUCAAGAUCAAGAACGAGAUGGACUCCACACUGACCUUCCGCAGGUCCUGCAGGGAGGGGAUCUGUGGCUCCUGUGCCAUGAACAUCGCUGGGGGCAACACCCUGGCCUGCAUCAAAAAAAUCGACAGUGACCUCAACAAAGUCACCAAAAUCUAUCCUCUGCCUCACAUGUAUGUGGUGAAGGACCUGGUUCCGGACCUGAGUAACUUCUAUGCGCAGUACAAAUCCAUCGAGCCCUACCUGAAGAAGAAGGACGAGUCCAAGGAGGGCAAGCAGCAGUACCUGCAGUCCAUCGAGGACCGCCAGAAACUGGACGGGCUCUAUGAGUGCAUCCUGUGUGCGUGCUGCAGCACCAGCUGUCCCAGCUACUGGUGGAACGGGGACAAGUACCUGGGCCCUGCUGUGCUCAUGCAGGCGUACCGCUGGAUGAUCGACUCGCGUGAUGACUUCACGGAGGAGCGGCUGGCGCAGCUGCAGGACCCCUUCUCCCUGUACCGCUGCCACACCAUCAUGAACUGCACCCGCACCUGCCCCAAGGGGCUGAACCCCGGCAAAGCCAUCGCUGAGAUCAAGAAGAUGAUGGCGACCUACAAGCAGAAGGCAGCGACUGCUUGAGUGACCUGGAGUGACCCUGAGUCACCUCUGAGUGACCCCGGAGCAGCCCUCACACCUGGCAACUCCAGCAGGGCUUACCUGUGCACCUGCAAUAAAGGCUGUAAAGAACAA